UUGUUGGUUGUGUUGUGCAUUGCCAACUCAGCUGUAAAGAAAAUGUUUAUGAAAUUUAGAAACAAGGUUAAUUUUCAUAAUUUCUCGUGAUUCUGCAAAGUGACAGGAAUGAACAUUUAUGUGUGUUAGACAGUAGCCCUAAACAUACUAUUUGUAGUAAUAUAUAUCCCAAAUUUUCUUUAAUUUUUAAAAUGGCGUGUGGUAGUGGAACAACAGGGAACGAAACGGCACAGAAAUUUCUAGAAACUUUGCAAAAUGACUUGAAGAAUUUAUCCAUAGAGACUAAAAAGAAGUUCCCUCAGAUCAAAGAAUCAUGUGAGGAAGGCAUUGUGAAGCUCAGAAAUGCCAGUGCAAACCCUCAAACACCAGUAUUUUACAUAGUCAACCAAAUUCUCUAUCCCUUAGUACAAGGCUGUGAAACAAAAGACCCUAAGAUUGUAAAGAUUUGUCUAGGGGUGGUACAGAAACUGAUGAUGCAACAGGCAGUGGACCAAAAGGGAGCCCGGUAUAUUACGGAUACACUUUGGAUGCUCAUGGAAUCAGGCAUUGAGGAGGUGAAAGUACUCCAGAGUGUAACACUGCUGCUGACCACAAACACAGUGGUGCAUGGAGACACACUUGCUAGAAAUUUGGUGCUUUGCUUUAGACUUCAUUUCACAAAAGAUUCUACUACCAUAAAUACUGCAGGAGCAACAGUGAGGCAGUUGGUAUCAUUGGUGUUCGAGCGUGUGGUGGCUGAGGAUGAGUAUUUCAGGACAAAAGAAUCAGCCAAAAAGGAGGUGAAUUUAGAGGAACUCAAAGUUCCGAGUAACGUUGCGCCUAAAGGACUCCGACCCUGUGCUGCAGAUGCAUAUCUCAUGUUUCAGGACUUGGUUCAGCUGGUGAAUGCUGAUCAGCCAUACUGGUUGAUUGGCAUGACAGAGAUGACAAGGACCUUUGGUCUAGAACUGCUGGAGUCUGUGCUUACAAAUUUUUCAUCAGCUUUCUUUCAGCAUCCUGAGUUCAGUUUUUUACUGAAAGAGCGUGUGUGCGCAUUGGUAAUAAAGUUGUUUUCUCCGAACAUAAAGUACCGAAGUUCUGUUCCGGCCAGCAUACAACAGGCAACACCCCUAGACAAACCGUAUUUUCCCAUCAGUAUGAGACUUCUGCGUGUGGUAUCCAUCCUCAUCCAACGUUACCACAGUCUUUUGGUAACAGAGUGCGAGAUAUUUCUGUCUCUGAUUGUGAAGUUCCUGGAUCCAGAUAAACCUGUAUGGCAGAGGUCUCUGGCACUAGAAGUGUUACAUAAGAUGACUGUGCAGCCUGAGUUGCUUAAGUCCUUUUGCAAGUGUUAUGACUUAAAAGCACAUGCAACAAACAUCUUUCAGGACAUUGUGAAUUCUUUAGGAGCAUAUGUCCAGUCACUCUUUGUGAACCCUCAGCUUAUGGGUCAGACUGCAGUAGGGGGAGGUGGAGCAGCUCCAGUAGCACAAGGACAGCCUCCAGCUCUGCUUGCUGGCAUGCCUGUUGGUCCUGGAAUCUCCCCGCAGCCAGGUUUCUUUUCUAGAGGGGUGUGGCUUCCUGUUGUUGUUACAUUCUCCAGUGGUCAGGCUAAAUCAACAUACUUAGAAAUGCUGGACAAAAUUGACCCUCCUGCAAUACCUGAUGGGUAUGGCAUAUCUGUGGCAUAUGCAUGUCUGCUGGAUAUAAUUCGUUCCAUUGCACUGACAAUUGAAGGAGGUCCUCCCAGUGGAAGUGAAGAGCCAGAAACUGUGAUAUAUCAAGGUAGUGAAGAGGAGAGGGAACUGCAUUCACAGCUAAUUAACUCCAGUUGGUGUGGUCUGUUGGCAGCCCUGAGUCCUCUAAUUGAUGCAAGCACAGAUGAAUCUGCUUCUGAAAAUGUUCUAAAAGCAAUCCAAACCUUUGCAAGCCUGUGUGGGUGCCUGGACCUACAGACUCCACGGGAUGCCUUCAUCACAGCAAUAUGUAAAGCAUCACUUCCCCCACAUUAUGCUCUGACAGUGCUUAACGCAGCCCCACUGGGUGCUGGCUUGGCUAGGAAUCAUUCAAGGGCUGGAAGCCAGGACCUCAGCUCACAGUACAACCUAAGUUCAUACAGUGAAGGUGAUUAUCGCCAGCAGGUAGUGGCCGUUGGCACCCCUCUUCCAACAGCAUCGUUACCAAUUGGCACACAACAAGGACCAGUGAUGCUGACAGCCAAGAAUCUGCAGUGCAUGAGGGCAAUUCUUAGCCUUGCACAUUGUCACGGCAGCAUCUUGGGUACAGCUUGGCACCUGGUGCUCACCACUCUGCAGCACUUGGUCUGGAUUUUGGGCCUAAAACCUUCCACAGGUGGAAGUUUGAAGGCCGGGCGCACAACGGCUGAUUCAAAUGCUGUAAUAACUACUGCCGUGAUGGCUGAUCUGCCUGUUCUUUCUGCCAUGCUGAGUCGACUCUUUGAGUCCAGCCAAUACUUAGACGACGUGGCUCUUCAUCAUCUUAUUGAUGCCUUAUGCAAACUCUCACAUGAAGCGAUGGAACUUGCAUAUUCGAACAGGGAGCCAUCAUUGUUUGCAGUGGCUAAACUACUUGAGACUGGGUUGGUGAACUUGCCUCGUGUGGAGGUGCUGUGGAGACCGCUUACUAAUCACCUCCUUGAGGUGUGUCAGCACCCACAUAUACGAAUGCGCGAGUGGGGAGUUGAGGCUGUCACAUACCUUGUGAAGGCUGCCCUACAGCACAAAUACCAGCCUCCACUUCGGGACAACCAGAAACUUCAGACAUUACUUCUGGGUCCUCUGUCAGAGUUAUCCUCAGUGCCUCAUGGUGAUGUUCGACAGCGCCAGUUAGAAUGCGUUCUGCAGGUUUUGCAUGGUGCAGGAGAGACCUUGUCCCAUGGCUGGCCACUGGUUCUAGGUAUCAUUGGAGCUGUAUCAGAUCAUCAUGGUCAGAAAAUGUAGCAGUCAGAUUUUCAGUAUUUGGUGCCAGUUAUAACAGACUUUCUGCCUGUAAUGCCAUGGCGAUGCCUUCCGCUCUGUGUUGAUACAGCAGCCAAGUUUGGGUCCCAGACUCAGGAACUGAACAUUUCUCUUACAGCUGUGGGUCUUAUGUGGAACAUAUCAGAUUAUUUCUAUCAAAAUCAAGAGAAACUGUGUCAGUCUUUGUCAGGAGAUCCAGCGGUGUUUCCCGACUUUCCUGGAACACCAAAUAUGCCACCAUUUGAUAAACUUUGGAUGUGCCUUUAUGCCAGGUUAGGUGAUUUGUGUGUUGACUCACGGCCGGCUGUGCGCAAGUCUGCAGGUCAGACUCUGUUCUCCACCAUCUCAGCACAUGGAGGACUGCUCCAUCAACCGACUUGGCAAGCAGUUCUAUGGCAGGUUCUGUUCCCACUGUUGGAUAAAGUACGAAGUCUCUCAAGUUCUGCAAGCAAUGAAAAAGUGGAUACAGGAGGAAAUAUUCUGAUCCAUCAUUCCAGAAAUACUGCACAGAAACAAUGGGCAGAGACACAGGUUUUGACAUUGUCUGGUGUAGCGAGAGUGUUCAAUACAAAGAGACAGUUGCUUCAGACACUUGGUGAUUUUCCUCGUGCCUGGUCUCUACUGCUAGAGUUUAUAGAGAAUUCAGCAUUAAGUAAAAAUAAUGAGGUAAGUCUGGCAGCAUUGAAAGCAUUUCAGGAGAUAUUAUAUCUGAACAAAGAAGGUGAAGGUACUGCAGCAUCAUCUGGUGUUAUCUCAUCCAGUGAAGAACCUGGAGUGUGGGGCGUCGCGUGGCGAGUAUGGCUGAGUAUCGGUGCAGAGAGCACCACACCUCCCGAUGAAACCGUCGACAUCAGAGAUGAACUCUACAUACCUUCACAGCCAUUCCUCACUGCCCUAAUUCAAAUAUUCCCUGCAGUCUUUCAGCACAUAAGAACAAGGUUUGUGGUUUCAGAUCUACAGAAACUGUGUAGUGUUCUUCAAAAUGCAGUUGUAGUUCCAGUUCAGGGAGAGGCAUCUCCAUUCAUCCUGCCAUCUCUGAAUGAUGUGGUUCUCACACAGCUGCAGGAUGGUGUAUUACACUCCAUGGAGCUUCUGCAGAAGGAGGCCCUAGCUGGAGCAGAAAAUAUGAAAGCAAUGAUAGCUGCGAUAUUUCAUCAGCUCCUCGUGUUCAGCAAUUUUGCCUGUCAACCUCCACCAUACGGAAAACUGGAAACAAAGAACAUCUGUCAGAUGAAAAGCAGUACAGCUGAUUGGAUUACAAUGAACUAUGUGCCAUUCGGCGAGAAGGCUCUCACCAUGGUGGUAAACCUGUACCAUGAAACUGCUCAUGAUAUGUCUGUGAUACAGUCCAAUAUUCUGCAUAGUAUCAUUGAGGCAUUCCAUGUUCCCCUGUCAAUGAAGUAUGACUGCCCAUCACCUGGAACCUGGAAGCUGGCUGUGACCAGUCUGUUGAGUAUACUUCUCACUGGUCUGCCCCUUGCUCGCAAGCACCCUCAGCCCUUCCAGCAUAUGUGGUCUCAGCUGGCUGAUACCCUUGACCAUUUCCUUUUCCCCACAAGUUCUCCCCCAAAAGAUCGUUCCCCAGAGGAAGUACAGGCAGAUGAAGCAGUAGAUUGCCAGGUGAUUGAGCUGUUACGGAAUGAAGUAUUACCACACUCACAUUCAAUACCAAGAGAAUUUGUUUUGAAAGUAGUGGUACUGCUCAACAAGGGUUCGAUUCAUUCUGCCAGUAACACAACAGAUAAUGAUGGGGACACUGAACAUAAACUGCGUGAAGAAUUUGCAAAAACAUGUUUUGAGACGUUGCUGCAGUUUUCCUUGCUGGAUGGCCUUGAUUCUGGUGAAGUGCGUGGCCUAGAGGGUGGACUGGCAGGUCGAUUGGCCGUGACUGCACUGUUACAUCGGUUUCAAGAAGUGCUACACCAGUAUGUAGAGGACGAACGUCGAAGUGGCAAAUGUCCGCUUCCAAGAUACAGAUUAUCAGAGAUAUCAUUUGUGCUGAAAGCCGUUGCCACGUUAGUUGUUUCACUGAAGAAAGCACCUCCAGAGAAAGUGGAUAGAUCAUCUUGGGAACAACUGAUUGGUUUGUACCCAUAUCUAGUGGACUGCACUACAACACCAUCGACCCAAGUGUCACAUUCUCUGAGAGAGGCUUUGCUACAGUACUGGGACCUACUCCAGCCCCCUGUAGUGCACACGUACCCCAAUGGUGUGUGACACUCACCCAUGUUGCCAAAAUGAACAACAUAAAAUUUGAAGUGUGUUGAUGCAGGGAAGUUUCCACACAAGUUGUGUGAGGCUGUGAUUACAAAAGUGUCCAUUCAAAACACGUUUACUUUUAUCUGAUCCGUUGAAAAUAAAUCUGUAGAAUAUGUUUCUGUUAAAUUGGUUUUGUGCCAGUACCCUGUCUAGAAUUUUACUUUUCAUUUUCUGAUAAAAGUGGUGUUAUGACAAAAUGUUGAAGAGAAGUGUUUUUAUUGCUGCCAUCUGGUGGACGUAAUAUGAUGUUCUGUAACUUACAGCUAAUUAGUGUGUUCAUAUUCUGUUUCAUGUAGCAAGAAAGCAGUUAACAAAAAUACACUGUAUUUAGUUAAAUCUUAACCUCUUAAUAGGUUGAACGUUGAAGAAGAAUUAAUUAUUCCUCGUUUAUACUGAACUUGGAUGCCGAGUUGUGUCACUUCACAUGAUGUAGAUCAGAUCAUAUAAAUACUCUAUUCCAUGAAAAUUUGCAUGUUGAUCUGUUGCAUACAAAAUUAUUACCCAAUAGUCUUUAAUAAAAGCAUAGCAGCCCAGAAUCUAAACUCCUUCAAUCUUCAAAGGUAAAAAUUGUGAGACCGUCUCAGAAUUAUGUUACUUCAAAUGACACUAUCAUAUAUUUUCAUUAUACAGUCUCAGAGAAAGAAGGGGUGGGGGGAAUAUACUGUAAAACCUGCUGAAAUGAACUUCAUUACAAUGGAAACUCCCUUUAAAGUAUACACUCAUCCUGUACAUGUAUAGUACAAGUACAUGGUCUUAAUUUAAAGUGUUUCUUAAAUCCUCAUUUAUUUCAUAGUGAAUGCUAUUGAUUUGUUCUAGCAUGAUUCUGAAAUUAAAGUGUAUUACACUUUAUGAACUCAACAAAUGACGCUAGUGGUGCCAUCAUUUGCAUCAGUUACAAAUAAAUGAAGGAAAAAUCAUUACAUAUUAAUGUACAGAAUUGUUCAUAUCCUAUCCACACACAUCUGACUCCUUGUCAGUGUAUUGGUUUUCAUUAUAAUGCAUAUUACUUGUACUUUAAAAAAAUAAAUAUGAUACAUCAUUUAUGUAUUAAGAUGUCUAUAAAGUUUUUGUUUCAAAAUU